ACGUCUCCCGGAAAACAGUGCAUUUACAUCUGGGUGGGGGGCGUGGGACGUGGGACGAGUAAUUGGAUCACGCUAAUCGAGUCCAAUUUCAGUGUUUUAUUGGAGCUGUUAGGGCACAGCUGGAGAUCCACGCGGCAUCACAAGACGUCGGGCAUGUGAUGUCCCUCUGAGAAGCUGCCGGGGGCGGGCGGAGUCCGUCAGGCCGGUCACUCAUGCGCGCGCUCGUCGGUGGACACCACCGCGUGCGGAUCCGUUAACAUCAUCCCACCGCGCCCUCCUGUCCGCGGCCCGACGCGGCGCCAUCAUCAUGGUUCACGUGUACAACUGCCACCCGUUCGCGUCGCAGCACAUCGUGCCCACGGAGCAGGAGCCCGGGCUCGUGUGCUGCGGCGGGGACGCGCUCUUCGUGGUGUCCGCGGGCGGCUGCAAGGUGGAGGCGUACCGCGUGGACGGGGGCAGAUGCUCUUUCAUGUGCCGCUUUGGCACGAUGGGCGCCGUCCGCAGCAUAAUCUACAGUCCAGUCGGUGACUAUCUCAUUACGAUAGAGGAGAAGAACAAAGCCACGUACCUGAGGGCCUACACAAACUGGCGCUACCAAGCCGAGGAGAAGACCAGGGUGGGCGUGCGCCUGCUGGGACACUUGCUGGGGGGCUCGUCGCUUCGCGGUGCACCCAAAGAGCAGAUGGAGAUCAUUGAGAUCCCGCUGUUCGAGGCUCCGCUGUGCGCCGCGUCUUGCGCGGUCACCGGGGACCUGUUGGUGGGCUGCGCCACGAGCCUCGUGCUCUUCGGCCUGAAGAGGCAGAGCCUGGGCGAGCGGCUCUCGGCGCUCGACUUCGAGCGCUUCCUCAUUCUGCACGUGCCCAGCUGGACCCCCUCGCAGGUGGCCCUGUGUGAUGGGUUUGUGGCCUUGCAGACAGACUUGGAGGUGCUCGUGCUGAGGCUGGAGCGUGGCCGGGGCGGGCCUGCGGAGGAGCACACGCUGGUGCCCGGCGACAUGAUAUCCAGAACCUCUGAUGACGAUGCGGAUGGCGGAAGAGAGAAACUGGGUGCCUACCAGGACCCCGACGACUUCUUUAUGUUUCCAAAGCAUCAGGAGAUGUUGGGUGAGGAGGCCAAGGAGUGCGGUGUCUCCGUCACCCUUGAGUGGACAGGCAUGGAAAACGAGCACCGGGACAAGCUGGGAUUGACGUACAUCCUUUACAGACGCUUUGCACCCGACUUCUUCCAAGGGUGCAGUGUGGAGGACACCAGCUUACACUCCCUACAGCUUCUGCCUGUGUUCACCGUUGUGUCCAGUGGUGCAGAAGGGGCAGGCGAUGCCAAGGAGGCUGAGCCAACCUGCGUCUUCUGCUUCUUCUCGCUGCCCAACUCUGGCUAUGUGUACAGUGUGAGGAACGCCGUGGAGUUGGUCUCCACCUACCUGUACCCUGAGAAAGCCCAGCAGGCCGUGCUGAGCGAGCGCUUCCUCUACGUCAUCACCAGGAAUGCACUCCAGUGCUUCUCCGUGCGGUGCAGCGCAGUGGCAGCUCGAGCAGUGGACCCCUACAUUGACACUACCAUGAAGGCCUGUCCACCCACCACCAUGGAGGUCUGCGCUCUUCGAAUCCAGCUCUUCAUUGGCCUGAAGAUGGUCUGCUAUGACAGGAAUCACAUUGUCCUCCUGACAGCUGCUGACGUGGGGAGCACGGACGAGGUGGAGAGGACAACCCGUAGAACAAUGUCAAGGAAGACCUCCACACCUAAGGCGAAGGAGCCCAGCGAGGGGAGCCACGGGUGGAACGUGUACAUCGUGAACAUGGUCCCCAUCAUCCCGCUGUACCAGGAGAUGGUGGAGUACAGUAAGAAGUAUGAGGCAAGCAAUCCAAUGUCUCAGAGCUGCAUCCACCUGCUGAGCGAAGCCCACCUCCUCCUGCGGGCGGCGCUGUUCGACCCCCAAGUGUGUAACCCUGUGGAGCGGCAGCAGCUCCAGGAUGCCUUCUGUGAGAGCUGCACUCAGCUGGGGGACUGCUACAGCAGGUUUGACAAGCGUGAUUCUCACUUGGCCCUUCCCUAUUACAAGAUGUCUGGCCUUUCUGCAACGGACAUCAUCCAGAGGAACGUGGCUUUCGCAGGGAGCAUGACAGGCUUUGGGAAAGGUUUCCUGUUCUUCCUUAAGCACUCACUCUAUGAAGAAAGUAUGGAAGAGCUCAGUGAAGAAAUAGCGAACCUUGCGCUAGACAUCUUCUCCAACAUGGAGCCCUCCCAGCUGCCCCAUGUCAUCAGCAGCCCCUUCAUGCGUCACGCCAACCCGGCAUCUGCCCUGGCGCACUUGGAGAACCUGGAGGCAGCGGGGGUGCCGUCUGUCACCGUUACCCUCAGCAGAGCAUCGCUGGAGCUCUGUAUGGGCAACCUGCAGAAGUACAAGGAGCAGAUGGCCCGGCACGCCGAGAUGCUCCAGGUGUACGGCUUCAUCGAGGAGCCUAAGCUAUUGAUUCAUGGCCGUGGGAAAGCCACAACACCUACUCUGUUUGCCAGGCACCUGAGGGACACACAGGAAGGGCUCCUUGUAGCAACAGCAGUGGCCCUUCAUGAAAACAACAAGUUCAGCUUGGAGGAGAUGGACCGCUUCUUCCAGGAGCUCUUCAAAGAUACUGUGGAGAUGCCCAGUGGACCUCAGCUUCUGGUGGACUUCUGGGAGGCACUCCUGGUUGCGUCCUUCAAUGAGGCGGUGGUUCAGGAGCUCCUGUUCCGCCUGGCCUCUGUUUACAUUGAUCGCAUUGCUAGGAAGGAUCAUUCAGGGAUUAAACCCCUGAAGACUGCAGAUGAUCUGAUCAACUCCUGCUGUCACUACGGCAUGCUGUUCCCAUGGGUGAAUGUUCUCACCCCAUCACACUUCGACAUCACCCACGAUUACCAGGAGGAUCUGCACAAACUGCAGUCGCUGCUGUGUGGCCCCACCCUGGAUGUGUCCUCCAUUCUCCCCUUGCUGGAGCAGCUGUCUGACAGCAGUAGUGCUUGGCUCAGUGUCCACAUUCUGGGUGCUACCAAGCAAGGCCACCACGAGCGCUCCAUCAACCAGCUGCUGGACCUCUGCCCCCAGGCCGUGCUCCCCUACGCCAGGCACGAAUUGCGUCACGACAAAAUGGCGCUUUGGUGGAAGAAGCUCUUUCCUGAGCUUUGUGAAAGAAUCAAAUCAGCUGGAAGCGAAAAUGGCAUUUUACUGAGCGUGCUGAAAGAAACGCUGGUGGUGAUUGCUGUGGAGCUGAACCCGUUGGAGUUCCUGAACUUGCUGCCGGAUGAUGGGACAGCAGAAUUCUUCCUGCCGCACCUCCUGGCAUGCAGCCAGAAGCAUCUGAUGACAUAAAUGGCUAUAUAUUGCACUGGAAAAUUUUUAUAUAUAUAUAUAGUGUGUAUAUGUGCACACUCAUAGCUUUACAUUCUACGGGAAGUACUGUGUUGGCAGUAAUUGUUGGCAAAAAACAAAA